CUGUGCGCAAUGAACAUGUGCUGCCGGCUCUUGUCUUCUCUCCUUUCCGCAAGGUGAAUGUGCACUGCGGUCUCUCCCUCUGUGUGAGGCUUCUCUGCACCCACACAUGGCUCUGUCUCUCUGUAAAGUGCCCUUCCAUUGGGCAGCGAUUGUCAUGUGUAGCACUAACAUCAGCGUGUUCUCAUUGAACCUACAAACUCAAGGUGCUGCUUAAUGUGCUCAUGGGAGAGGGUCUUCUGAGGCCUUCAGCUGCUCCAGCUAGGUUUGAAAAAGGAAUCAAUCGCCAUAACUGCUUAUGUUGUCCAGAGACUUAUGUGGAAUUUGUGUUGCACAGAAACUUGCCUGGGAAAGUCUUUAGAAAAGACGGAAGCAGAGAAGCAACACUUACAUAUUUCAGCAUGAGAUCCAUACGGUCUUUUGCUAACGAUGAUCGCCAUGUCAUGGCAAAACACUCCAUCAUAUACCCAUCUCCAGAGGAGCUAGAAGCUGUCCAGAACAUGGUGUCUACUGUAGAAUGUGCUCUGAAGCAUGUCUCUGAUUGGAUGGAUGAGCACAAGUGUAUAAAAAAAAUUGAGAAUGAACCUCAGAUCACGAAAGAAAACACUGAGGACAGUCCAGCUAAGGAAGAAAGUGGCCGAGUACUAUGUGGAGUCAUGAGGAUUGGCCUGGUUGCCAAAGGCUUGCUAAUUAAAGAUGAUAUGGACUUAGAGCUGGUUCUCAUGUGUAAGGAAAAGCCAUCAGAAAGCUUGUUAGCCACAGUCACAGAAAACCUUCCCCUACAAAUCCAGAAAAUCACAGAAGAAACCUACCAAGUGGAACAAUGUGUGGAGGAUGCAUCUCUUAUCAUUCAAAGUUCCAAAGAACCUAAAUUAACCCUAAAAGUAAUUCUUACCUCCCCACUAUUCAGAGAAGAGGAGGACCGGCCUGGUGGAGUAGAAAAUGUUGCGAUGAAAGAUCCUCCGGACUUAUUGGACAGGCAGAAAUGCCUGAACGCCUUGGCGUCUCUGCGACAUGCCAAAUGGUUUCAGGCAAGAGCCAAUGGAUUAAAAUCUUGUGUAAUUGUGCUACGCAUUCUGCGUGAUCUGUGUAACAGAGUCCCUGCCUGGGCACAGCUGAAAGGAUGGCCUCUGGAACUUAUUUGCGAGAAGGCAAUAGGGACUUGCAAUAGGCCGCUUGGAGCAGGUGAAGCCCUGCGAAGAGUCGUGGAGUGCCUAGCAUCUGGAAUCCUUCUCCCAGGAGGGCCAGGACUGCAUGAUCCUUGUGAGAGGGAGCCUACAGAUGCCCUUGCUUAUAUGACUGUAAAAGAACGAGAGGAUAUUACACACAGUGCACAGCAUGCUCUCCGAUUACUGGCCUUCGGACAGAUAUACAAAGUCUUACAGAUGGACCCUCUACUUUCUAAUAAACCUUUCCCUAAAUAUUCCUGGUCAAAUUCAGACAGAGAAGGUUCUAGUUUAAAAAGGCCGUUUGAUGACGGAUCAUGUGACGAAAAAGAUCCAAAUAAGAAAAUGAAGAGAAAUUUGCGCAAAGUCUUAGACAGCAAAGCCAUAGACUCCAACCAGCCAAUGAAUGCACUAAUGCGACUUAACCAAAUUCGACCUGGUCUGCAGUACAAACUCUUGUCACAGUCCGGCCCAGUUCAUGCGCCAGUCUUCACCAUGUCUGUGGAUGUAGAUGGCACAACACAUGAAGCUUCUGGGCCAUCUAAGAAGACAGCCAAACUUCAUGUAGCAGUGAAGGUUUUGCAAGCCAUGGGUUACCCUACUGGUUUUGAUACAGAUAUGGAGUGCUUAAGUUCAGAUGAGAAGUCAGACAGUGAAGGCAAGAACGAUACGGUCUUUUCCAGCUCCAGCAAUAUUACAGGAAGCUCCAACGCAGACAACAACACUUUGGAGGUACGGACUCAGGGUCCCAUUCUUACAGCCAGUGGCAAAAAUCCAGUGAUGGAGCUCAAUGAGAAGCGCCGAGGCCUGAAAUAUGAAUUGAUAUCAGAGAGUGGAGGGAGUCAUGACAAGAGAUUUGUUAUGGAGGUUGAGGUAGACGCACAGAAAUUUAGGGGAGCAGGGCCAAACAAGAAGGUAGCAAAGGCCAGUGCUGCACUCUCUGCUCUCGAGAAGCUCUUUUCUGGGCCCAACGCAGUGAACAAUAAGAAGAAGAAAAUUAUCCCUCAGACUAAAGGAGUUGUAAGCACAGCAGUAUCGGCCGCUGUCCAAGCUGCACGAGGGAGAGGACGCGUGGCGGCACUGGCACGAGGGACUUUUGUUGGAGCUACUGCUGCUGCUGCCCCUGGAUAUAUAGCACCAGGAUAUGCAGCCCCUUACGCUUAUAGUGCUGCAACUCCAUCAUACGGUAUCCCCAAGCGAAUGGUUCUGUUACCAGUCAUGAAGUUCCCAGCAUAUCCCGUUCCGCACUACUCCUUUUUUUAACAAACAAGAAUGAGCAGAAUGGCAGAGGAGGAAUCCCUUUUCUUCCAUCGAGCAAAACCCCUUUGUAAAGAACUUUGAUUUCCUACUUUUUUAUUUAACCAGGUAUACUACACAUUUAGUUCUAUAAAACUUGAAGACAAACGUACUGUGAAAUGUUACCUCAUCUACCGAGAGCUCUUUCCCUGGCAGAAGGCUACGCACUGUAUAGAUUUCUGAAUUAUCCUUCUUUUGUUUUUUUUAAAGCAUCUGAGUUAAAAGCCAGGAUUCUGUCCUAGAGAAAGAAUAGGAGCUUACAAUAUACAUUUUAAAUGAAGUACAAGACUGUAAAAUAAUUUGUGAAGGAUGUAUAUUAAACUGAUAACAAAAUAAAAUGUUUUGUCCUAAAA